GGAGGAUCGAGCCAGAGAAUUGCGCCCUGAAGACCUGUGUGCCGAAUUCAGCAAAGCAGUCAAGCUGUCGCAGGAGCAUGCUGUCGCAUCCCAAUUACUACACAGCACCCUAGAACAGCUCUCCGCAGCCUACCUGCCUCACGUCCCCCACCUGACACAAGCCCAGCACUGCACCAUCCCAUUGUGGGCAUGUGCCAAGGUGGACUACUGGAGGGGGGACCUCACGAACUCCCUGCUACAACGGUUGGGGCAGGAUGACUGUGGUCUGCUGAAGCAGGCUACUGGACAAACACAUGGCAUGCUGUGGUGGUCACUAUCCAAGGCGCCCCGGCAGGAAUUGGCGGCAGGCGACGGCGGGGUGUUGCAUGGAAGUGCCGCUUGCAUCCUGAGGAUGCCCGCACAGCAGCUGGACUCUCAGGCCUGCUCCAACACCCUGCUGGCUUGUGCGCGGUUGCAGCACCGCCAUGCCCCCCUGCUGCACCACCUGACGUCCUGCCUGGUGCAGCAGCCGGACGCUAGCUGCCAGGCCCUGGCCAACUCGCUGUAUGCGCUGGGAGAGCUGGCUGAGGGCUGCGGCCACAAGCCCCGGGAUCAGGACCUGCGGAAACUGGCGGCAGCUGUGCUGGCACGCCUGCAGCAGCAGCAGCAGCAGCAGCAGCAACACAAGAAGCCUGCACGACAGCAGCCGCAAGUGCAAGAUGGCAACAAGGCGUCUGCAAAUACGCACGUCUUCACCGAACCCGCCCUCGCUAACAUGCUCUUGGGGUUCGCAAAGCUGGGCGUUAGCAGCAAGGAACGAAAGCUUACGGGGUGCAGGGGACAACCGGCUGCUGCAGGCCGCGCGAAGGCACAGCUCCAGGGUCUCAUCAGGACCUCUCACGCCGGAGCCGCUGGAGAUGAGUACACCGCCGCCGCCGCAGUGCAGCAGACCUGCUCAGAGCUGCAUCUGCGCCUGCAGCACCCGGUGCACGCUCAGGCCUUUGUUCCCCAGCACCUGGCCAACACCCUGUGGGCCCUGGAGCGGCUGCGCCCACCUGACAGCGAGGCACUGGUGCAGGCGCUUGCAGACGAGUGCAGACGGCGCCGCUUCGCCGGCUUCAGCGCACACGAUAUCAGCAUUGUAAUUUCGGCGCAUGCCAAAAUGGGGUUCGGCGAGGCUUCCGCGCAUUACACAGGCCCCCAGCCCUGGUACGCAGCCGCUGCAAAGGCAGCCGCUGCAUCCGACUGCAUGCAGGCCGGCAUUGGGGACUGGUGCGCCCUUUGGGAUGCGUUCGCACGGGUGAGGCAUCGCCCUGCCCCGGACCUGCUUAGGUUGAUGGUGCAAUCGGAGGAGGAGCUGAAGGCCCUUUGCAGCAGUUCCCACGCCCAACAAUGCUCCAACCUGCUAUGGGCUCUGGCCAAUCUAGGCCUAUACGAGCAGCGGCUGGUGGAUGCGUUGGUGGGGCGGCUGGGGGAGCGGCUGAUGCUGGGUAAGAGGAAGCAGCGGGAGCUGCUGAGUAACAUGGCCCUUGUCAACAGCCUGUGGGCGCUGGCGGUGAUGGGCCCGCAGGUGCUGUCCCGCCACAGCGGC